GUGACUUUUAUUUCCAAGUCCCGGAAUCCGGAGCCGCACUGAUCUUUAUCACGCACGGAUUAUGUCUUUUUCUUUUGCCUUUUUUUUGCAGUUUUUCUCCCCAAAUGAAACUUUAUCAGCAACUGUUUUGAGGUGAAUGACAAUCCGGCACCAGAGUCAUGGUUUCUUACUUCUUGAGAUGGGCUCCUUUCAUCUGGAUUGCAACAUGUGUUUCUCGCACUUUGGAAAUGGCAGUGAGUGAACGAGCAGAUGGAUCAUGUCCCCCUCUGAGUGUGGAGGACUACAGGUUUUCGGAUGUCCUGGACCGUCCUCUGGAUAUUACAGGAUUUGAUCUAACAGAAAAGUUUCUGGAUCGUAAGGGAACCGUCCUGGAGGACAUGCCAUCGUUUCGAUUGGGAAGCGCUCCACUUAUUAAGCCGACAAAACAAAUUUUUCCAAAUGAGCUUCCAAGUGAGUACUCCCUUGCUGCUGUGAUGCGGGUGAGAAGAACUACGAAAAAAGACCGCUGGUACUUUUGGCAGAUAUUUGACCAAUCAGGAGACAGUCAGGUUUCUGUUGUGGUUGAUGGUGGUAAGAAAGUGGUGGAGCUGUCCUUCCAGGACCUGCAGAAGAACACCCUCCGCUACACGUUUAAGAGCCGGGACUUGCAUGCUCUCUUUGAUCGCCAGUGGCACAGGUUGGGCAUUUCUCUGCAGAGCAACAUCGUCUCGGUUUACGUAGACUGCAAGCUUACAGAGAGGAGACUGAUUGAAGAGAGGAUCAGCAUGGACUCCAGCGGGCGCACGCUCAUCACUACUCGAAUAGAAGACGGACGACCUGUUGAUAUUGAAAUGAAGCAGAUUCUGCUGUACUGUGACCCCUAUAUGGCUGAAAUGGAAAACUGCUGUGAACUCAUAGAAUCUAAGUGUGGGAUGAAGAGGUCAUUUAAUGGGACGUCCCCUCCCCCGGUUACAGCCCAGAUUCCCCUGAUGCUGUCUCAGCCAGCCUCACAGUCGAUGGACAGAUGUCCCUGUCCAGAUGAAAAGGGAGAUUCAGGCCUUCCUGGUGUGUCUGUGCUGCCAAACGGGAACAAAGGAGACAAAGGGGAACUUGGAUCAGAAGGGCAAAAGGGAAUCGAUGGAGAGAAGGGUGACGUCGGACCGAAUGGGACCCUGGGGCUGCUUAACCCAAAAUGUCUAAAAGGAGAGAAAGGUGAACCAGGUCAGCCAGGUCAACCAGGAAAAGAGGGCAAGAGGGGACGGAGAGGAAAACCUGGGGAGCCUGGACCCAGGAGCCUGCCUGGUCCGUCAGGAACAUCUGGAGGAGCAAGUGUCAAGGGGGAGAAGGGUGAGCCUGGAGUCCCAGCGGAGAAAGGAGAGCAAGGAGCUCCAGGUCAGCCAGGUGCAGAGGGGUCCAGUGGCAUGAAAGGAGAAAAAGGUGAUGUUGGGCCCCCUGGUCCCCCUGGUCCUGUGAUGACUGCUCACGGCUUAAGACAGCUCUCUGGAACAGAUCAAAUAGAGGAAAUUACCAAAAAGGGAGAAAAGGGUGACAUAGGAGCUCCAGGACCUCAAGGCUUCAAGGGAAACACAGGACCACCAGGACUAAAGGGAGAUCUAGGAUUAGAGGGGAAGCAGGGUUUACCUGGACCCACUGGACUUCCAGGACUGCCAGGACUUCCAGGCGAGCCAGGCUCAAAAGGGGAGCUAGGGGCACCUGGAAGAGAUGGCCUGAAAGGAGAAAAAGGAGAUUCUGGUGGAAUACCAGGACCACCAGGACUUCCUGGUCCAAAGGGGGAGCCUGGGGAAUCCAGUGGUGGAUCUAUGAGUGAUGGAUCUUCUUCAACAAGAGGUUCUCGUGGACCCAAGGGGGAAAGAGGCAUGCCAGGAUUACCGGGCGAACAUGGAGAGAAGGGUGAACCUGGUGAGAGCAUCAUUGGUCCCAUGGGAGCCCCUGGCAAGCCAGGAAUUGAGGGUCCUCGAGGACCACCAGGCUUAACUGGACCUCCAGGGAAAGAAGGCCCCCCUGGAAGAACAGGCCCUCCUGGACCUCCAGGAGAACCUGUCGCCUUGCCUAUUGCUAAAGACAUGGGAGCUUUACUUAAGAACGCCUGCAGUGUGUGCCAGACGAGAGUCCCUGGACUGCCUGGGCUGAAGGGAGAGAAGGGGUCCCCUGGAGAGCAAGGAGCAGAAGGCUUGGUUGGGGAGAAGGGAGAUCCAGGUGUUCGGGGACCGAUGGGUAACCCUGGGAAAGAAGGCCCAAAGGGAAUAAAGGGAGAGAGAGGCUACCCGGGCCCUUCAGGAGAGAAAGGUGAUGAGGGGCCUCCAGGAGCACCAGGACUUCCUGGUGUAACGGGUCGAACAGGAUCUCCGGGGCUUAUGGGUAGACCUGGACCAACUGGCCAAACUGGACCAAAAGGAGAAAAAGGAAAUGAAGGACCUCCUGGCAAGCCAGGACUUCCAGGACCCCCGGGUCCGCCUUAUGUGGAGGGGAAUGGCAUGAGCAGUCUGUACAAGCUACAGAACAGUGGAGCUAUUUUAGGACCUCCUGGAGCUCCCGGUGCUCCGGGCCCCAAAGGAGAUCAAGGACCUGCCGGUGAAACAGGAGCCAUGGGUUUACCGGGGCUUGAGGGACUACCUGGCUCCAAGGGUGAUCCUGGUUUGCCUGGUCCACCUGGGAUGCUAGGUCCUCCAGGGAAGCCCGGCGUUCGCGGAGAGCCAGGAAUCCCAGGAGAGCCAGGUGAGAGGGGACCGAUCGGAGAGACAGGAUUCCCUGGACCAGAGGGGCCGCAAGGUGUGCCUGGGAGGCCUGGAAAAGAUGGAACUCCUGGAUACAAGGGAAUCGCAGGCAAAGCAGGUGACAGAGGAUCCAAGGGAGAACGGGGUGAUCCAGGGAUCCCAGGGGACAGAGGUCUUCAAGGCGAGAGGGGACGCCCAGGAGAUCCAGGCCCCAUUGGUCCACCAGGUUUGAAAGGCGAUCCUGGCCCUCCAGGAGAGUUGGAAAGUGUAAAACUUCUGGAUGACCCUGGCUUUACAGGGGAACUCAAAACGUUCAUCCAAAAUGAAGUAAUGAGGCUUUUUCAAGAGAAACUGUCAAGUGCUGCCAUGCAGCAGCGGACACAUGCAGGCAUCUUAGCCCCUCAGCUCCAAGGGCCUCCAGGACCUCCCGGCAAAGAUGGAUCACCAGGCCCACCAGGACAAUCCGGAUCACCUGGUCCUCAAGGCUACAGGGGUCAGAAAGGAGAGCGGGGGCAGAUUGGGCUAGGGUUACCAGGAGAGCCGGGACCCAUGGGGCCACCAGGCCUGCCUGGCAUCCCCUCUCACGGCCCUCCCGGCUCUCCAGGGCCCAGCGGACCUCCAGGGACAUGUAAGCCCAGUGACUGUCUGCCUCCCUUCUCUUAAAUGUAGCGGAGACUCGGUUAACCUGAUCUGAGGGCAGCUCUCAGCUUCACGUUGCAUCUCCAGAGCAGCAAAAGGAUGAAUUUGCUGCGCCUGACAACUUCCUCGGCAGAACCUGUACCUUCUUUUUUUGGACAAACCCACAGCUGACCUCUUUUUCUCACUUCAUGACAACAUUUGGAUGCCGUUUGGGGUUUGGUUCUUUUGUGGAAUUGCUGUUGUGCUUUGUCUUGAAUGCUGGUGAAAACCUUUCGCAUUGCUGUACUUUGAAGUUGUUGCUUGUUUUCACAGCCCCUACUGUGAUGUGAUGCAUUCCUUGUCAGCUCUGAACAUCGCAAGACCAUGAAGUGACUUUAUUUAGUUCAGACCUGUCUGAUAACAAAAUCUUAAUAAUUCUGUGUUUGCCUUUCUAAUGGGCAUGUCUAUGCAUUCAUCUGUUCAUAUUCAGCUAAGCUGUUGAGCUGGCAGAAGGUCGCUCUCAUCUCGUGUUUCUAUUGGUGCGUUUGUGUGUUUGCAAGAGUGUUUGAGCAACAAAAAAGCGAGUAAGCUCAGUUAAUGUAGUUGUUUUUGUGUAGGUUUGAAAAAAUAACAAAUUCAUGAAACCUUAUCUUAUGCAACCAAAGUGCAGCCAAUGUGUCUGACGUAGAUGUUAUUUAUUUUCACUGUGUUCCACAAGAAUGUAUAACUGAUAGUAAUUAUUUGAAGUGAAGCAUGGAUAUUCACGUAACAAUAUUUCUUAGAAAGUAGAUUAAAGCUUGUUUGGAUUGCUUACAAUGCAGGGCUUUUUUUAUAUUUCUAUUAUGAGUCACGACACAUUAGCUUUUUGUAUUUUUGAGAAAAAACAAAAACAAAGCAAGAAAGUUGCAUUUGCUGCAGAUGUUUCUGCAUUUUCUCUAAGCCACAUGUGAGUGACUUCAAACUAAUUUGAACUGAAAUCCAGCAGCUUCAAACUGUUGCAGUAAAAGUUAAAUGGGCAAACUUUUACUUUGAAAAUACCGUUUCCUGUGUAAUUUAGCUCACUGGGGGACCUGACUUCUUAAGAAAGCUGUUAUUAUUAUGUAAAGGUUUUCAUAUCAGCUGUACCACCCUGCACAUGCUCAAUGCAUUUGCCUCUAGUAAACACAUAAUUGUAGAGUUUACAUGCUGGUAUUUAUGAUGAUUCCUUUGAUUUAUCUGUAUAUUUUUGUAUAUUUCAAGCAAGGCAAAGGAAAUCAGACACUACAAUUUUUAUUUUGCCAUGCUUCUGAAUGUACUUGAAUGAUUUUUUUGUUUGUUUAAUUCUAAUUUAUAACAGAUUUUCCCUCACGGACUACUAACUUGUCGGUUGUUGUUGUUUUUGUGGGGGUGUUUGAAACUGGAUUUUUGAUUCUAUAUUUUCUUUUCUUUUUUACAAGAUUGUUUCAAAUGUUUUACGCUCAUUUGGGAAGGUUUGGAGUUGAUUGAAGAGCUUUAAUGUGACACUAAACACCAUUUUCUAUCAGGAGAGAUGGAUAUUUUACAAACCUUUAAGUCCCACUGCGAUCAAUCCUUUGAUCUAUUGUAAAAGCGUUCACAGUGGUCUUUUAAUUGUGAUUAUGCCGUUUUUAGAUGACUUUCUGCAUAGUUUUACAUCCUCUCACACCCCAACCUACCAUAACCUACCAACAUAAAUGGCGAGUAUUAUAGGAGCCAGCCAGUCGUACAGUUUAUGAGCCAGAUGCCAGCUCGGAAGACGGAAACGAAGACAGGCAUGGAUCUAAUUGACUACAAGUGGAUGCAUCAGAAUAGAGCAGAUCAGGGCAAACCCACUUUUUACGUCACUAAUUCAGUCUAUAUCUUAUUGCCUUUUCUUCUCUGCUCCAGAUUCACAAAGAUUCUAAUAAAGAAUACUCAGAAAUGCAGCAUUAAGCUCAUUUUUCUUCAUAUAUGUCCUUCGUGAUCAGAAAAAUGCAGCAAGAACAUAUUAAAAACACCAAGAACACAAUUUUAAUCAGACUGGGUCUUUAUUACCUGAAGUGUUAGCUUUAAAAAUUCUACUAAAAAGAAAAAGAAAACAAAUUUAGUAAUAGUGGAUUUUAUCUGUUUAUCCCAUGGACACAGAUUAGAUUUUAAAAAGGGGCUCAUUUAGCAGAACGUUUUGCCUUCUAUUGAUGUUAGAAGUGAUUACAGAGAAGAAAAAACAGCCAGCAUUAAAACUGUUUUCUUUCUUUGAGCCAUUCUUAAGCUAUUAUUUUCUCAAGCAUCACUUUAUUCAUUUUUAUUCUUUUUUAGUUUGUUUCCCCCCUUUUUUCAGUGUUUAAACACAGUUUGUAUUUAAAAACUGUUGUGACAUUGAAAAGUGUCCCCUGUCUGUGUUUCAUUCUUAAAAAUCUGUUUCUAUAUUUUACCAAAAUGUUUUUUCUCAGCAUACCAUCUUGAAAUUCACGUGGGCUUAAUUGCAUCACUGUCAGGCUAAUUUUAGAACCGAGUGCAUGCCUGGCUUCAUUUGUGAGCACAAGGAGCCCCCUGCUGGACUUGUUUUUUUUUUAUUUGGAAGAAAAACUUCUUUCUUUUGCUCCAUUGGCCACCUGAAAUCCUUUCCCUUGUAUAUUUUCUGUUGUUUAAUUGUCCUGAAUUUCAUAUUGAUUUUCCUUCUAGUCAUAGACAGCUAUGCUGAUUUUGAAGAGAGCUAAACAAGACAGACGAGGGGAGUUGUGUGAUCCAAACUUCUUUGGGUGUAGCACUGAUUUAUAUUGCCAUGCGGCAGUUAGAGUCCUCUAUCUAACUAAGCAUAGUGACAUGGAUGUCUCUGCUCUUUUCUAUAACACUUUGGAUGCAGUUGCUUUAAAAUUGCCUUUAAAGAUAGCAAAACCCACUGAAAAAAACAGUGGCUUUCAUACCUCCACGUAUUUCUAUUGCUUGUGUUUCACUGUAAUGUAAGUUGAUCUUGGUGCCAUGUGUAAUCUAAUCUUGUAAGUGAGCUUGUAAUGAGGGGAAAUAUGGAUCAGCCUCUCAGCACGCCCCCUCGGAUUAAAAAUGCCUUCCUGCUGCUUUCGCUGAAACUAGUCUUUGCUCCCGUGUAAAGCUCACGCAGUGCUGAAUGACUUUAAUCUUUGUUUUUGGAAGUCUUUCUUCGGUUGAUAAUCUACCUCACUCUUGGUUUACCGCAUGUGUACGUGAUCAGAAAGCUUAAAAAGAAAAAAAAAACACAAAGCCUAAACAACUGUUGCCUUGGAAAAUGGAAAAAACCUUGUAGAUAUAGAAGAACACAUUUAGUCCUGAAUGUUGAUGCCAGUGUGAGUCGGAACCCUGACUGAGGAAGACUACGGGCAUCAUUGUGCCUUUGUAUCAGCUGUGUGUGAUUAUCAAGUCUCAGAGGUUUUAUUGAUCUUUUAUCUACACUGAUUAAUGCUAUCUGCCUUUCAGUGUGCAAUAAAUGUCAUGCAGUGUGUUAUUUUCUGUGUCUGAUUUUUUUCGGGCUAAUCCAUCCAAGUUCAUUUACAAUAAAUUUUCUUCACAUUA